AGGCAGAGAAGGGAAAGAGUGAGGAAGUGUCCAGACACAGAAAAACGAGUGAAGGAAAAAAAAAAUACACACUUUCAGGGGGAGGGUGUGAGGGAGGAGCCAGAAAGAAAGUGAGAUACAGUAUAAACGGAGUAAGAAGAAAAUAGCUACCACAAAGGAAAAGGGAGCAAAGAACCUCACUGAAGAAUCAUUUUCUGUUCCUGGGACUAAUGGAAAAAGGGCUGACCUACAGUGAAGCCAUUGAGAAAGCAGGCAAUAAACUCUGCCGCUUUCCUCUGAAGAGUGUGAGGGGUGUGCCGCUGAUGGAACCCAUCGCCCAGGAAUGGGAUUCUGUCUGGGCUUUCUGCCCUGACCCUUCUGACCUCCUCAUUGCUACCUAUCCCAAAGCAGGAACCACCUGGACCCAGGAGAUAGUGGACCUGUUGCUUCACAAUGGAGAUGCAGAAGCGUGCAAAAGGGCUCCCACAGCUGUGCGGAUCCCCUUCCUUGAGAUAUGUUCCCCUCCUCCCAUCCCCUCUGGCCUCGACCUCCUAAACACAAUGUCCCCCCCAAGGGUAAUCAAGACACAUUUGCCCAUCCAACUGGUACCUGAGGGGUUCUGGGAAAACAAAUGUAAGGUGAUAUAUGUGGCCCGCAAUGCUAAGGAUAACAUGGUAAGCUACUACCACUUUGACAGGAUGAAUAUGACCCAGCCUGAACCAGGACCAUGGGAGGGAUACAUCCACAAGUUCAUGAAGGGAGAGUUGGGCUGGGGCUCUUGGUAUGACCAUGUGAAGGGUUACUGGGAAGAGAGAGAGAGAAGGAAUAUACUCUAUUUAUUUUAUGAAGACAUGAAAGAGAAUCCUCGCAGGGAGGUGGAGCGCAUCAUGCAGUACCUGGACCUUUCACUGUCUGAUGAUGUCAUAGAGUGCAUUGUGGAGCUAACGUCCUUCAAAGUCAUGAAGGACAACCCCAUGGCCAACUACACCUUUAUUCCUAAGCCUGUCUUUGACCAUUCCAUCUCCCCUUUUAUGAGAAAAGGGGAGGUUGGAGACUGGGUCAAUUAUUUCUCAUCCGCUCAGUCGCAGCUUUUUGAUGAAGAUUAUGAGCGACAAAUGAAAACGGCGAAUAUUCCCUUCCGGACAAAGAUUUAAAGACAGUGCAGCAGCGCUGUCCAUACAAUGCAGAGGAGCUCUAGGAAACAGAUUACCAAAGAGGAAGAGAUGACUGAGAGCUGGAUCAAGAACAUUUGCAGUGAAGGACAGAUGAAAUCAGUGACGAAAGGGAGAAAAAGUGGGGAAAGAUUGUGUGUCGUGGAGUAAUUUUAAACUUUUAAAAUGUAUAUCAAAUUUUGAGUGUUUUAAAAUGUUGUA